UUCUCUCUUACAGUACUGCUUCUUCUUCAUCUUCUUCACUUCUUCGCGCAUAUAUAAACACACAUACACUGAUACACACAUUUUUUUUUUUUAUAUAUAAACCUUUUUUUAAGAAUUAUAAUAUGUCGCCUGCUGCAAUGAUGGGUUCUGAAGAAGGAGAAGAGAUCAAUUGUGGGGAGAUUGAUGACAUAUCAAUGUCGUAUCAGAAAGGAGUGAAACACCUUCAAGAAAGAGGAAUAACCAAACUCCCAAACAAGUACAUUUUGCCCUUCUCCGAGAGACCAAACCUUCGGGAGAUUGCUGUCGGUCCGGCCAUUAGAUUUACUACUGAGAGUAAUGCCCUCAAGCUACCCGUCAUCGACUUCUCUCACUUCUGUGGCCCCAAUCGUUCCCAAGCCCUAGCUUCACUUGCCAAAGCCUGCGAACAUUAUGGCUUCUUCCAACUUAUCAACCACGGAAUUCCGAGCGAUGUGAUCGAUAGAAUGAUGAAGGCAAGCAGAGAUUUCUUCGAAUUGCCAUUUGAGGAGAGAUCCAAGUACAUGACAUCGGAUAUGAGGGCAGCGGUAAGGUGCGGGACGAGCUUCAGCCAGAAGAGAGACAACGUCUUCUGUUGGAGAGACUUCUUGAAGCUCAGCUGUCACUCUCUCCCCGGUGUCCUUCCCUUCUGGCCAUCUUCUCCUCCGGACUUAAGGGAGGCAGGGGUUAGCUACUCCAAGAAGACCAAAAACUUGUACUUAGAGCUCAUGGGGGCAAUAGUGGAGAGCCUUGGAGUUGCGGAGGAAGGAGCCGCCAUUCACCAAAGUGAAAAAUCAGGACUGGAAGAGUUUGGGGGCGGAAGCCAUAUCAUUGUAGCGAACUGCUAUCCCGCGUGCCCUGAGCCCGACCUGACCCUGGGCAUGCUACCUCACUCCGACUAUGGUUUCCUGACGCUACUGCUCCAAGAUGAACAGGUCGAGGGACUUCAGAUCCAUCACCAAGGACGGUGGGUGUCCGUGGCACCCACUCCUGCCAGUUCAUUCAUCAUCAAUGUUGGCGACCACCUUGAGAUAUUCAGCAACGGAAGGUACAAAAGCGUGCUUCACAGGGUGGUUGCGAACUCGUCAUCGACCCGAUUCUCAGUCGCUUCAUUGCAUAGUCUAUCCUUCGAGUCAAUGGUGCGGCCAUCACCAAAGCUCAUAGAUGACCAGAACCCAAGGAGAUACAAGGACACAAGUUAUGCCGAUUUCCUGGAGUUCAUUUCAUUGAAGGAGCACAAGGGCAAGAAUUUCCUCGAGUCCAGAAAAAAUUGACCAAAUCGAGAGAAAGAGCAGAGAGGAUAUCAAUUUUUUUUAUUAAAAUUGUGUGAUGGAAUUAUGGUAUUUCGACUUGUCAGCAGCAACAAAAUUCAAAUUCUUAUGCAGCUAUUCAUUUGCAAGGAAAUAUAUAAGCUUUUUGCCAGUUCUCAAGUGUAAUCAUAAAGCGUAAAGUUAUAGCGCA